GCUGGAGCUCGCUCGGCUCUGGCCAUCCGGCAGACGAAGCCCCGUCAUGUAGAAUGUACACGAAGGUGAGAUAUGACUUUAUCCUUCCAGCCCUUUCCGGGCCUAUCCUGCCUAUCAGCUUGUGUCCUGAGCGAGCCUUCGUGUGAUGUCUGCGUUAUGGAUGCUUGGAUGGCGGCUUGUUUUGACAGCUGUGGAAGCGAGCGAUGGCUGGCUGGCUGCGCGGACAGCGGUGAUGCUCUGCGUAACUAGCUAAGGAGAUGCCGUUCGUCGUUUGCAUUGCAUCUGGCCAUGGCAUGCUGUCACUAAGUAUAUAAUUCUAUAGCCCCCGUGUUUGCGGGCGUUGUUACUGCUACUUCCCGUAUACUUGACAUAACCAUCUUUGGACGAGCAGUGGCGGAUUUAGUUGUUUCUAUUUCUACUACCUUGUUGACCCUCUUUCUCAUCUUCACAAGCCACCCCUUCGACCAUCUAAUCUGUCUUCAUCGACAGCGAGCCUGAGUUUGCUAUCAUAUUCAUUUUUGAGAGAUAAUCUACACCGAAGGAUGGCCUCCGUCGGAGGGAUUCCAGCUGUCAACGUUCUAUGGAGUACAAAGCAACAUCCAUAUUUCAGCUCUCGCACUGCACGUCUCAUCAUCGGCAGCCAAUGCCGUCCUGCCCAACACAUCUUACACUGGGCUAGAUACCAUCAUGGCGACAAGUACAUAGGAGGCCAUAGGAACAAGCUGCCCUCGCCGCCUCCCUCGACCGCCCUGGCUACGCCUGGGAGACAGCGGACAGCGGCCUCUCUCUUCCAGCCACCAAGCCCGCCUCUAUCGAGCUUCUCCUCUUCUCAAUGUCAGACUGCAGUUUCCCCAUUGUCAAUACUCUCUAUAUCUUCAAUCACUCGCUCUCUGUUCACCACUGCAUUGUCCUCUUCCCCCAUUGCCUUGAAAUCCGCAAUGAAAGUCCUAUCCUUCAUAGCAGAUUCAAAAUCACCCCUAUUGAACCCUGAUCGCAAUUUUAUAUUGAACUAUCUCCUACGCAAAACCCUUUAUACCCAGUUCUGCGCCGGGGAGAAACCCCAUGAAGUCCAGCGCUGUAUUGACGAGAUAAAAAGAGUCGGAUUUUCAGGUGUCAUUCUGGGGUAUGCGAAAGAAGGUGUCCCUGAUAAGAAAGAAGCCGCUGCGGUUCUUGACCUGGAUAGCACGGAUGCUGACACCACGGAAAGUAACCAGAAGGUUGCAGAGUAUGAGGUCGACACCUGGCGAGAGGGGAACCUUCAUACCAUUGAUCUGGCCGGGGAAGGGGGGUUUGUCAACGUUAAAUUCACAGGAGCGGGAAGUGAAGCAAUACAACAUCUGGUACGUGGCGCCCCUCCGCCACCACACCUCUAUGAAGCAAUGCUUGAAAUCUGUGAAAGGGCAAUAUCCCAGAACGUUCGUCUGUUGAUCGACGCAGAACACCAAGCUGUUCAACCGGCUAUUGAUUCAUGGGCCCUCGAUUUACAGCGCAAGUAUAAUAACCGCAGCGAUAGUACUGCAGGCGAAAGGGCUGUGGUGUACAACACGUACCAGGCAUAUCUUCGGUCAACUCCUAAGACGUUGUCUCAACACAUGUCUAUUGCACAGGACGAAGGGUUUGUUCUAGGCGUCAAAUUGGUCCGGGGAGCAUAUCUGGGGGCCGAACCCAGACACUACAUCUGGGACCACAAGCAAGAAACAGAUACAGCAUACGACGGUUUAGCCGAUGCACUAAUCAGGAGAGAGUACAACGAGGUGCUCACUCCAUACGUCUCGACUGUCUCGCCAAAAUGCCCUACCUCACCUCCCGUAACAGAGCCAGAAUCCAUCCCAAAACCUACCUUUCCAGAAGUGGAUCUGCUGGUUGCUUCACAUAAUCGGUACUCGAUCAAGAAGGCGCAGGAUAUCAGGAACCAGCAAAGUUAUACAGGACAGCCCCAGAUUGGACUGAUGUACGGCCAGAUAUAUGGAAUGGCCGAUGAGCUUAGUUGUGAGCUCAUCCACCGAGGCAAGAUUUGCCAUGAGGGGGAAGUUGUUGACACUUCAAUGUUAGUGAAGCCAAUGGUUUACAAAGCAGUUGUCUGGGGGUCGGUCCGAGAAUGUAUGAGGUAUCUUGUCCGUCGAGGCCAGGAGAAUAUGGAUGCAGCUUCUAGGACACUGGAUACCAGACGAGCAAUGGCAAAGGAACUAAGGAGAAGGGUCUUUGGAACUUGGUUUUAGCAACCUGGGCUCAACGGGGGGCCCUUGUUAUCCACUGAUUGUUUAUUGAGCACUGUUUAUGCGACUAUCAUAGCAAAUUUUGGGCGUUCAUUCUUUGUAUGUUUUUCUUCAGUGCAAAUGUGAACUUGUAUGAACUUGUGAGCGAUUUGUAUUUCAUCAGAUAUGAUGUCCAGCCCUGUUUGCUGUUAUAGUAAUUGCUGUCCUAGCAUAUUCGGAGUCCCGGUCAGUUAAGCCGGAGUAUUCGAUUGUGAAUUUCGAGGGGUUUGUCUGGGGUGAAAGGCAUUGGACGUCGCUUUGGGUAUCGCAGGGGUGUUGGCCCAACUUGCUUGGAAAUCGUUUGAGCCUUGCAUCGUUUCAGGAUACGAUUAGCGGUGCAGCGGGGUCAUCUGAUACAAUUGAAAUUGCGUGCAUACAUCAGUACAUAGCGAGAAGCGCACAUUUUUUGCUGGUAUACGCAGUUAUUAUCGGCUUUAUCAGUGUGUAGGGCAGCACUUUCCAGCACAAGCAGUUAUAGAGGGUAAUGGUCA